AUGUCGGACCAGGAAACGUCUUUAAGGGACUCUCUAAAUAGAUGGAAUAGUAACAGAAAUUCAAACACCCAGAGUUUUGGUAACACAGCUCGAGAAUAUUUUUCAUCAUGGAAUGCUUCAAUAAAUGAGGUAGCACAAGAUGUAUACCAGAGGUUGCCCAUGACACAACAAGAUUUAACUCAAACACAAGAACCUGACUGGUUCACACUUUCUCGAACUGAAAGGUUAAUGCUGUUUGUAUGUUUCCUUCUGGGAUCGGCAGCAUGCUUUACCCUUUGUGUAUUCCUUUUCCCAGUACUAGCCCUUAAACCAAGAAAGUUCGGUCUACUAUGGACUGUAGGGUCUCUCUUGUUUGUGCUAGCUUUUGGUGUGUUAAUGGGCCCAGUAGCAUAUUCAAGGCAUUUAACAAGCAAAGAAAGAUUACCUUUUACUGUAUUUUUUUUCGGCACAUGUAUAUUAACUAUUUAUUUUGCAGCUAUAGCUAAAAGUACUUUAUUAACUCUUCCAUGUGCUGUUUUAGAGUUAAUUGCAGUUAUAGGUUAUGCCGUAUCUUAUUUCCCAUUUGGGGGAGCAACGCUGAGGAUGUUAGGCUCAAUGGGAUUAUCCACUGCAAGAGGUGCAUUGCGUAUUUAA